ACGCCGGUGGUAAACCUCCCAGCGGGAUUCUGGAAGGGAAUUUCAACUGGCUCGGCAGCUACUCACAAUGUGUGAACGUCACCAAGAAGGGGUUCGGCAUCACGUUUGACGCUAAGUACUACUUGACAACUCUGGUACCCGUCCCCAAGCCGGGGCAACCAUCAGCCGGGGCUGCAGCAGGUUUGGGUGCGCUCACGCUGCACCUGGGCGUGUGUGUUCCCAGCUCCUGUACCACUCAUGACGUCAUACAGAGGCUGGACAACAGUCUGUACUUUCGGCUCCUGGUUGAGAGAGGAACCUUGCAGGUGACGUCAGCGUACUCGCCAGAAUACGCCCCCAUGCACAACAAGACCAUCGCUGCUAUCUGUGUUUGUGGCAUUCUCCUGACGCUCAUUCUCAUGGGCACCGCGUAUGACGUCAUCAUCCACCAGCCGAGAUUACGCGCCAUCCAGGGCAAUAAGGAUCCAAAAGAAGAGAGGAACGGCAGAAUGAUGCAUGAAAAUGUCGACAGCGAGCAGCCGGAUGAACGAACUCAUCUCAUCAACUCGACUAAAAAGAAACAAAUAGAAGCUGUGGCAACGAAGAGAGAAAGUGUGUCCUGUCGACUUCUUCUCUGCUUCUCCCCCUACACCAACAUCGGGAAGCUCCUCAGCACCAAUCAGGCGCCCGGAGCGGUCACGUGCCUCCACGGGAUGCGAUUCAUCAGUAUGAGCUGGGUCAUCCUGGGUCACACCUUCGCGUUCGCCUCGCCAGUUACCGACAACUUUGGGGAGGUUGUGGGUGUGAUAGGAGAGUUCACGUUUCAAGCUGUGGGAAACGCCUUCGUCUCCGUCGAUACUUUCUUCUUCCUAAGUGGCCUGCUGACCGCCUACCUCCUCCUGAGGCAGAUAAAGAAGAGCAGAGACAAGGGAGAGUCGGUCCCGUACUGGAUGAUGUAUGUCCACAGAUACUGGAGACUAACGAUGCCCUACGCGUUUGUCCUGAUGAUGUGGCUGUGUGUGUACCCGUACAUGUUCAUUGGCCCCGUCUGGCCCGGAGAGGCCUUAGACCCGGUCUGUGGGACAAACUGGUGGACUAACCUGCUCUACAUUAACAACGUCGUCAAUUUUGACCACAUGUGUAUGGGCUGGUCCUGGUACCUGGCAAACGACAUGCAGUUCUUCGUCAUCGGCGUUCCUGUCGUCUACCUGCUUUCCAGAUGGAGGCCUGUAGGAUUUGCCCUGAAGCUGGCCCUCCUGUUAUCCAGCUUCAUCGCGACAGCCGUCAUCUGUCUACAUGAUAAACUCAGCCCCAGCGUCUUGGGACUAGGACAGCCGAACUUCAUGCAGGACUACUACAUGAAGCCGUGGUGCCGGAUCGGGCCGUACCUGGUCGGCAUGACGGUCGGCUGGCUCAUGGUCAGGAUCAACCGGAAAUCGGACCACCGGAAGGUUAUGAUGAUCCUGGCCCCCCUUGGCUGGGCCGUCGCCACCGCCACCGCCCUGGCCGUGCUGUACGGGCUGUACGGGACGUACCACGGCACCGUCAUGACCGACUCCGAGAACGCCUUCUACCUGACCGUACACCGGACCGCGUGGGGCAUGGCGCUGGGAUGGGUGGUGCUCGCCUGCUUCUAUGGAUACGGAGGAGUGGUGGACUCCUUCCUGUCGUGGGACCUGUUCGUGCCUCUCAGCCGGCUGACGUACUGCGCCUACCUGGUACAUCCCAUGGUCAUCUACGCCGUGUUCUACACACGGGAAGUCCCCUUCCACUUCACCAAUAUCUCCGUGACGUAUUUGUUCGUGGGUAACCUGGUUCUGUCCUACGGGCUGGCGUUCCUGGUGUCUGUGACGGUGGAGGCGCCUCUGCUGGGGCUGGAGAAAAUCAUCUUCCGAAAAUAGUUUUAGAUUAAUUCUGAAUCAAAAUAUUGUGGUUUCCUAUAUGGUAGUUUAAUGAUAAUAGUUUUUGUUCGUUCUUCUAUGUACAGUUUGUUCGACUGCUAUGUACAGUUUCAGCUUCUUCUCAGUCUUCUUGAGACUACAGUUGUAGAUGUAUGAACAUGUGUAGCCUUUAAAACACGGCUUGUCCAAUUCAAUAAUGAAAACAAAUUUAUCUUUCUACAUUUUGAAAUCUGGGAAACUCUGUAUAAAUAACCUUGACUUUGAAUAUAUCUUUUUCGAAAUAAUAAAAGGAAUUGGAGACAUAAAUCCCACCUCGUCUUCACUUUGAAGCAGAAAUUGUCAGAUCGUGAUGUAACAAGGGCAACGUUGUCAGCAUGUUUGGG